UAGACAUUACUUUGUAGAUUAUAUAAAUUAGUAGUUCAGUAUGUCAAAGAGAACAACUGUGAAUGGAGGCAAUCAAGAUAUGGAUAAAGACUUGACUGAAGAAAAAUAUAAAUUAUUGCAUAAGGGUGGCGGACAAGAUGACUUCAUACACGCACCGAUAGACAAACUUGGAGUAGCUGGUCGUUGGCUGAGGCAUAAACUACUUGAUGGAAUCUUGGUUGGGACUCCAGUACUCCAAACUAUUCAGAAACACCGGACACCUAUGCGAACCUUACUUAUGAAGAUGAUUAGUUUUUUAGGCACAGAAGACUUUUACACAGUGCUUUUUCUUCUGAUAAUAUGGUGUCUUGAUGGCAGAUUGGGACGUUUAUUUGGAGUGUUAAUGGGUAUUGGGUUUUAUGCAGCUGGAUUUUUCAAGUCACUACUUUGCUUGCCACGUCCUCCUUUUAACAAAGUCAAACCAGAAGAAAAGGCAUACGACUGGGCUUUGCCUAGCCAUCAUUCACUACUCGGCACAAUUUUACCUUGGUAUAUUUGGAUCUACAUUAAUGUUCAUCAAGAACUGUCAUCAGUUCAACUUACCUGUUUGUUCCUUGUUAUCAGCUCAUGGUCUUUCAGUGUGAUGUUCAGCAGGCUAUACUUGGGAGUCCACAGUCCAGCAGACAUCGUAUCAGGUGGUUUUGUGGGUGUACUGGUUUUGAGUUUAUGGCUCCAAGUUGAUGAUAUUGUGGAUAACUUUAUUAGUCAACAAAAAGUAGAAAAUCCACUUCAAUGCGUCCUACUGUUUGCGGCUCUUUUGUAUCUUCACCCUAAAUGUGAUCCAGGCAACCCAUCUUUUACGGACAACUGCUGUCUUGCUGGAGUAGUCACUGGUUUAAUUAUAGGUCGAAGCCAAAGAAGCAGACUUCUUGGAUUUCCUUCGCUACUUGAAACACUGCCAUUAGACACACCUCUUUCGAACUUCAUAUUUUUAACAUCAAUGCGACUCAUUGUUGGAGCUAUUUUUGUCUUUGUAGCUCGUACCAUAUUGAAAUUUAUAGUAACGACAGUUAUAGAGAUUGUUUUCAAAUUACUAGGAUUGCAAUUUUACAGUAGUUCUACAUACAGAGAUGCAGGUCAUACAAGGUUUAAGCAUUACAAUGAAAAUUUUCGGCUUCCUCCCAUAUACAUCAAACAAGCAGAGAAUGAAGAUGAUGAGUUAUCUUCAUCCGAUUCAACUAAUUCAAUUUGUAGCACAUCAAGUUAUGAAAAAACAACAGAAAUGAAUCCUGCUUUAUGCUGGGAUGUGGUUGUACCUUCUAAAUGCAUAGUUUAUGCAGUCCUCACUUAUUUGGCAGUUGAGGUUGUACCGCAAGUCUUCAUAUUGAUUGGCCUGUAGUGAGAACUCUUUACUGAGUAUGAAACACAGUAAUUAACUUCUUUAAACUUUUUUGAUGAAACUGUGUCAUUCAGAAACAUCCUGUAAUCUAGUCUAAUUAUGAUUUUUGUACAUGAUGAAUUGUUACCUUAUUAUUGUUUUUUUGCAUUGCACAUUAUAAUUUUGUAUGCUUGCAGGAAAUUUUGGAAACACUGUAUCAUGUGCAUGGACCUAUCUUUUACAUCUUUCCUCAACUUAUUAUCUGAUAGUUGACUAUAUAUUAUGUUCUUGGGAAAUUUGAGAAAGUCCUCGCGUAGUAAUAUGUUCGUAAUGUCAAAAGUUCAACAUAAUAACACCCUACACACUCAUACACUCUAUCCUUCAUGACAAUUUUAGUUUAAACCAUUCACUAGGUUUCUGUGUGUAAUCCGAAUAUAUAGAAAAAAUUCUGUGGGGUAGGUGGGUUCCAAUACGGGUUUGAAUUUAUAUAGUAAAAUCCAUGCCAUGGUACAUUUUCCUUUUGUGCUUACCUUCUGCAAUUUGAAGUUUAUGUUGUGUGAAUAUUUGGAUUAUUAAAAUAAUGUUAAUAACCUUAGAGUUUUAAUCUAAAUAUUGUAAUAUUUCCACUGGUAAAAAUUGACAAAUAUAUGUUUCUAUAUAUACAUAUUAUCUGCUAAAUUUCCCAAAUUAUUAUUCAGCCAUAAAUCAUUAUUCAAAUAUGUCCUAUAAAUUAUUUGGAUAUAGCAGCCGCCAACAUGACUCUGUUUAUAUAUACCGUAUAUCGAAGGUUUUGUAAGACUUGGUCUAUUACAAAAUUAAUUUAAAUAUAUGUCAACGUUGUAUGAAUUUUGUUCUGUAAUACUAAAUACAAACAAAAAAGGGUAGUGUAUUAACCUUGCUUCAGGGUGACCCAACGAAUACAGAAUGUAGAUUAUUUAGUACCUAUUCUGGUGAGAACAUAACUUUUGGGCAAAGCGUCCUAUAGUAUUGGAACUUUUAGGUACAAUCAAUCAACCAUACACAAACGAAGUUCAAGUAUUAAUAAAUUUUUGUGGAAUUAAUAAUAACCGUUAUGGGUAUUGUUUUUUAUUUGGUCAAUUUGUACCUUGCUAGUUUGUCAUUCUGAACUCUGCCAGUUCACAGAGUCAGAUAAUCAAUCGAUUCAAUGAUCAAUAUGAAUUAUUAAUAUAUUUAGUUUAUAAAGGUUGACUCCUAACUUUAAACGUGUGAUAACUCCAGUAGCGUGAUAUUCCUAACAUUUUUUUGCUAUUUGUCAAAAUAUGGACUUUGGAAUGUAUAAGCAUGUAGCCAUAGUUCAAGAUAUAAAUAGCAGGCUAAUUUGAAACAUUAUUCCAAUAACUAAGAUAGUGGUUUAGGUUUAUCUUCCAAAAUUUUAGUUUAUAUCUUCACUCAUGGAAAUGAUUGCAGCCUGCUCGCUUUUUCAUUGUUAUAAAUCGUCCUUGAGUGUAUAUUUAUUCAAGAAUUGAUAACUUUAGAUGCCUAUAUUGACAACUGUUGAUUGUUUUGAAGCACUAUUUUCAUAGUACAUUGUCAAUGCAUCCUUGACAUUUCAGAAAAUAUGUGACAUGUACAUUUAUCAGUGUAUAGCUAACAACUAUUGAUUUUAAAACUAAAUCAUGAAAUUUUAAUGCAAUUGUAAUCAUUUUUACACUGCUCACCGUUCCCAAACAACUUUUUUAAACUUUGUCUGGUUCAAGCAUUUCUCUCUAGCGCUAUUUCCAUUUUGCAUAGCCCACAAUAUUUGAUAUUUAAAGUUCGAUUACAAUCUUCAUUUGAUUUUGUAUUAUAAAACGAUUAGUAGCAAAUUAAGACUGAUUCAACUAUUUUAAAUAGUUCAAAAUUGUAUUGGUUAUUUCUGGCCUGGACUUCAUAUCUGCGUUGCUCAGGAAUAUUUUUUUGUUAUUGCGUAGACGCUGAGUACCAGUAGUCUUGAAAUUUACUGAGUACUGUUCAUAGAAUAAUAACAUGCCUAAUUAUGAAGUAAUUAUGUGCAAGAAUAUUUCCUGUACGAUCACAGACAUGGUGGUUCAUGUAACCGAUUUGGGCAAAUUCCAUUAUGGAUUACCUGAUCGGCUGAUCCAGGAAGAUUUUUUUCUUUACCUUUACUAAGAUACAACUAACACCGAACGAAAUUUAUUGCUUAUGAAAUUAUAAAUUCUUCUCUUGAUUUUCAUCAAUAUUGACUUCACUGGUGAAUUGUUUCCAGAGAGCUAUUUGCAUGGUCGUCUUAUAUAUAAUAAGUUUUUUUUUGCAUUCAAUAUUAGGACUAUUAAAAACACUUUGAGUGUG